AUGAUCAACGCUCUUGAGUUCCAUCCCAGACAUUACGAACAAAUAGGUCUUCAAACCCUUGCCUCUGUUAUCUCUCCUGGAGGAUCGUCUAGAUCAGGGGUUCUUAACCGGGGGUAUCCAUACCCCUUGGGGGUAUGGGAACCAAAGGCCGGGGAUCUGGGACUCGAUUUCUGGGCUCAUGUAGAAGGUAUUAAGCGAACGAGAUCUGCUCCCUCUCGGCCCUAUCAGUUGCCUCUAUCUUGUCUCACUCGUUCUGGCCCCAUCCCACCACCCUCGCCCGCUACUGCUCCCUCUACCUCCCUUGCCUCUGGCACUGGUGGCUGUGCGGACCUGCGUCUCCCUGGAGGAUCGAGAACCAUUCUGGAGCCCCACGUCAACCCUUCAGUACUGGGCCAGUCGUGCCCUCAGAAAGGCGAAAGGUACUUCCCUGACAGAGAGCAGUGCGACAAGUACUACAAAUGUGUAAAUGGUGUGAAAUAUGAACGGCUGUGCCCCGACGGCCUACUUUUCAACGAUAAGAUCAUUGACAACCGCUACCCGUGUUACUAUCCCCACGAGGUGGACUGCGGCUCCAGGUCCCGCAAACAGCCACCGCAGCCAACAGAGCGCUGCCCUCACCAGUGGGGCUAUUUUGCCUCUGGGAACAGAUCACAGUGUGGCUUCUUUUUAAGCUGUGCCAACGGCGUCGCCAUCGAACAGUACUGUCCCCAUGGCCUCGCCUUUUCUUCAGCCACCAACCGCUGCGAGUGGCCUGAAGCGUCUCCCGACUGUGGCGCCGCUGCUUUCCUGAAAUUCUCAUGCCCCCUUUCGACUGGCAACGGGGAGCUGACUGGCUACACACAGCACAGGUCACAAAAGGAAUGCCGCAAGUUCAUCAUCUGUGUGAACGGAAAUCCUAGAGCGCACUACUGCGAACUGGGUCUCGUGUAUAAAGAGGCCACCCGGAAGUGCGUGAACCCCGACGAAGUAGAGGGAUGCGAAAACCACUACUCGCCCAGUGACCUCUUGAUGUACCAGAAGAGGCUGAAAUGGAUAAGCGUCGUCAACGAGAGGAGAGAGGCUGAGCUCCCAGAACUGAGGAAACAGGUGGUAAAACAAAGAAGCCAACCAUAGAAAUGCAGUAGUAGGGAGUCUCUGCAUGGCGACACACACACACACACACACACACACACACACACACACACACACACACACACACACACAUACACACACAUACACACACACACACGAUUGGUUAAGGAAACAUUACCUUCACGAUGUGUCACUUCACUUCCACUCAAGCUCUUCAUAAGAUAAUUGAUUCUGCCACAUUCAAGCUAAUACCGUUGUGUAAUGAUUGAUGCUUCUGAGUUCCAUACCACACAUUACGAACAGAUAUGUAAUGUCUUAAAACUCUUGCCUCUGUUAUCUAUCCUGGAGGUGAACCUUUACACGCUUUGAACACUUUAAAUAAACACUUCAGUAUG